UCAGACGGGGCACGGGGCACGGGGUACGAGCUGCUGUCGAACAAAAUUUGAGCCAAAAUUUGCUGAUUCGCCACCAAAUCCGAUUCCGAUUCCAUUUCGGCGGGAAAUUUCAGUUCUCAUGGCUAACGCGGACAAUAAUCCAUCGCACAAGGACGAGGCAUGUGGCGUCUACGACCUUCUGUCGGCGUCCCCGAAGUGCCUGAAAUUCUGCGCUCCCGCCAAUCGGAGCCAGAAGCGGAUUCUGACCCUCCUGAACUCCUUUCAGCAGCCGGUGAUCUUCAAGAUGAAGACGAAUGCCGUCGAGCAGUACCACGUGACGCCAUUCUUCGGCCGGAUCGAGCCGUUCAGCUCCCUGGAGGUGGUCGUCCGGCUGAACGGCCCGGAGCCCAAGGCCGACUGCCAGUUUCCGCAUCACCUCAGCGUCUACUCGACCUUUGCCCCCGCCGCCGGGGUCCAGGGGGAGAAACAGUCUAUCCUGGCCGUCUUCAAGGACAUUCCCGUCGCACGGCAGGCCAUGGUGCGCAUCAGCGUCGAGUACGAGGCCGAGCCAGCGGUGGCACCAGCGGUGGCGCCGGCGCCGGCCAAGCCGCUGCGGACGUCCGCCGCGUCGGAGAUCCGCAGUGCCGCCGAGCGGAUGAUCGCCAGCCAGGUGAUCUCGUGCGUGUCGAGCGGCAGGUACAGUGCCUCCAAUGCGGCCAGUGCCGCCAACCAGAGCAUCGCUCCGAGCCCGACCUGUGACCCCCUGGAGUCGCCGCCGCUGAACCUUGAGACGAGCGUCCGUCUGUCCCUGAACGACAUCACCAUUCCCUCGGCCCUCCAGAUGUUCAUUGUGGGCGCAGCCCUGGCGGGAGUGCUCUACCUCAUCGCCAUGGAUCCCAAGAAACUGGACGGGGUCUUCAAGAUGCUCCUCGGGUGCCUGAACAUGGACUCUUCGGAGAUCAUUCAAUGCGGCAAAUCGGAUAACACUUCUCCUGGUUCCGCUUCCGCCUCCGCUUCUGCCCCUUCCGCCACCUGCAACAUGCCGGAUUGUUGUCAGGGCGAUUGACGCAAUAAUCACACCUCAAAUUCAAUGUGCUCCCCCAGCCCCCAGCCCUUGGGCCUGUCUUUUUCUUCUCCUGUUGCCUCCCACAAACCCCCGAUUUGGGUCGGCUCCUGCUCUAUUUGGCCUGAAAGCGGAGGCCAUGGCCUUUGGCUAAUUGGCGGCCACAGUUGAUUAGCGUGUGAGUCGGACGCUGAUUAGGCAACAAUGGGGAUGAGGUGGGGGUGGGAUAGGAGCGGCAUUGGGGGUGGUUUGGAGCUGGUUUGGAGCUGGUUUGGAGUGCACUCUCAUUGCAUUAGCCACCCAAUUGUAAUUUACCUGAUCAAAUGCCUUAUGGCUUCACAUUUGAGGGGAUUCUCCAAUGGUUUCAAUCCCUAAAUACGCACCCCACCGCUAUAAUCUUUAUGCAUACAGGAUAGACGUUUAAGCCUUUAUUUUGGAGCGCUAAUCCCAGCCAAACGAUGAUUCAAGCCCUAGAAAAACGAAGAGCAACGAUGAUACGAUCCCUAGAUCCCAUUCCUGGAAAAACGACGGCGAAAAGAGGGGAAACCACGACGGAAACGCGAGAGUGGGGGAAAAGACAUAUUUAAGCCACAUUUCUUGAACAUUAACUUAAAAAUUAGCUAUUAAACCU